GUGUAAUACUUGUCCUGGUGCUUUUGAUCGUGAGCUCACUGGGCGCUUACAUCAUGUGGACCACUGACAUCCUUGGAGACACCGUUAACGACAUGCUGAUUUUGAGGAAUGGCUCCACAGCCUUUGACAGCUGGCGGAAUCCACCGGUGCAUCCCCUCAUGAGGAUACGGAUCUUCAACUACACCAAUCUCCAGGCGUACAUGGAUGGCGAAGAUGAGAAGCUCCUGGUGAAGGAGGUGGGGCCCUAUGUCUUCAGGGAGAUUUCCAAAAAGACUGAUAUCAAAUUUGGUGACAACGACACCACUAUAACCUACAGGCUGAACAACACGUACGUCUUCGUCCCAGAAGAGUCAAACGGCACGCUGAACGAUACAGUCACCGUCGCCAACAUGCCGCUUAUGACGGCGUUCGCGCGCAUGCAGGACGCGGGCUUGCUGGCACGGCUGGCGCUGCGGAGCGGCAUGAGGGCGCUGCAGGCGCAGCCCUUCCACAGCCUCACGGCGCACCAGCUGUUCUGGGGCUACAAGGACAAGCUCAUCAACACCAUCCAGACUGUCAUGGGGCCCUUCAAUCCCGCCAUGAGGAACCUCAAGGUCGGCCUGCUCCAGACG